UGGUAGCCGACCCCAACAUAGUUGGGAAAAGGCUAGGCCAAUGAUGAAAUGGUAGGUUACACAUGGAAACAAUAAUUGACCCUGUUGGACAUAGCAUAUUUGUAGAAAAGAGGACAUUGGAACAAAACAAAUAUGGAGUCAACCGAACUGGAAAAACUACGAAUUCACAUGCAUAAAAACUCAAAUAAGUAAGUAUACUAAAAAAAAACCGGCUCAUUGAACGGUAUUGAAACCCACCAAAAAAAAUACCAGAAAAUAAAAUUGCUUAGUUUAGACAACACAUUGAUUACUCAGGUGAUACAACAAAUUUCCACAUCCCACAUAUAUGUAGGUUUCUGAACCUCGUUAAGUCCUGAAUAUUAAUGAGACACAUAAUUAUAUAAAAGCCCUGUAGGGUAUUGUAACAGUACAUUCGAACUCCAUCGUUCAGUACAGCACAACAGAACAUCCUCCUAUCAACAUGAAGUUCUACAUGGUUUUCGCUCUGAUGAUGACCUGCAUCGCUUGCUGUGUGGCCCAAGAAGGGACCAACUUCUACUGUGGGAGGCAACUGUCCAGGGCUCUGGCAGUCUUGUGCUGGGGAGCGGAAGAAAAGCGGGAUGCUGGCUGGUGGACCCCCCCUCAGAACGCGAGGGUCUUGGGAGGAUCCCGGGGCAAACGCGGCCCCGUCGACGAGUGCUGCGAGAAAGCCUGCUCCAUCUCCGAGCUGAUGACCUACUGCUAACCCCUCUGAUGAUGUUGUCAUGUGAUUGUAAAAUAGACUUGUGAUAAUAAAUUGUUGUAUGUGAAAGCAUUUUUAUCUUUUGAUUCUACAUU